AUGACAGAAUUUGAGAACAAAGCCUUAGCUGCAAGCCCCAUCAAACCUUUGUGUUGGUUCCGUAAGGCAGAUGACACAUUCGUAGCACUAAACAAGACUGACAAGCCCCAGUCCCUACUAGACCACCUCAACACCCAGAACAACAGGAUACAGUUCACCAUGGAACAAGGAUGCAACAAAACCAUACCGUUUUGGAUUCUGGGUCACAACUCUGCUAUAAAACAGUCCCCCGUUACGCUAACCAGUCAGUCACCACAUUUCUGGAAGGACUCCAAGACAAGAGAAAUUGACAUAAUGUUUCUUCAGACAUUGUUUUUAUCCUUGGCUUUUGUGGCCACGUGCUCAGCACACAACUACGGCACUGUGCUCUCCAAAUCCAUUCUGUUUUACGAGGCUCAGCGCUCUGGUGAUCUUCCUAGCAACAACCGCGUCUCGUGGAGAAGAGACUCGGCGACUAAUGACAAGGGAGAUAACAACAGGGAUUUGAGCGGUGGCUGGUAUGACGCCGGUGACUACGUGAAGUUUAACUUUCCCAUGGCUUGGGCCGUGACUGUCCUGGCCUGGGGAAUACUGGAUUUUAAAUCGGCUUAUCAGGCCAGUGGACAGUACCAGAACGCCCUGAAACAGAUCAAAUGGCCCUUGGACUACUUCCUGAAAUGUCACCCAAAUGCGAACACAUAUUAUGUCCAGGUUGGCAAUGGUGACGUUGAUCACGGUUAUUUUGGACGUCCGGAAGACAUGAAUAUGUGGCGCCCUGCUUACAAAAUCACGACCAACAAACCCGGAAGCGACAUCGCCGCUGAGACGGCAGCCGCCAUGGCCGCUGGAUACCUCGUCUUCAAGGACUCUAACCGAGGAUACGCCAACACACUGAAAACACAUGCCAUCCAGUUGUUUAACUUCGCUAAGAAUUAUCAAAGGAAGUAUUCGGACCACGGGUCGGAGUUCCGAUUUUACACAUCCUCCGGAUACAAGGAUGAGUUAGUGUGGGCCGCGGCUUGGUUGUACCGUGCCACGAGAGACAACACCUACCUCAGAUACGCCGAAAACAACAUCAACCAGUUGGGAAAUGGACCCGCCUGGGCCUUUUCCUGGGAUGACAAGAAAGCUGGUGCACAGGUCCUCCUCCACCAACUCACUGGGAGAUACAAGUCGGCUGUGGAGGGCUUCCUAAGAAGCUGGCGUCCUGGUUCUAUGACUUACACCCCUCAGGGUAUAGCCUGGAGAAAUCAGUGGGGACCCAACCGCUAUGUGGCCAACACCGCCGCAUUGGCUCUACUGGCUCACAAAAACAACAUCAGGAUAAGUAUGGGCAACCGUAACAAUCGGGAUUGGGCUUGCCAUCAGAUAGACCUGUUACUGGGCGAUUCUGGGAGGAGUUACGUCGUAGGUUACGGAAACAGGUACCCGAAGAAACCCCAUCACAGAUCCAGCGCUUGCCCUGUGAACCGUUCCCAGGCCUGUAACGUAAACACCUUUAACGACGAAGGUAGGAAUAACCCAAGCAUCCUCAACGGGGCGUUGGUAGGUGGCCCCGGAAGUGACGGAAGUUAUGAGGAUCGGCGUGGGGAUUACAUCAAGAGCGAGGUUGCUGUCGACUAUAAUGCCGGCUUCCAAACAGCUGUUGCAGGCUGCAAGCAGUUGAAGGGGUAGAUGAUGCAAACGUCAACGAUGUCGCAAUCUCGAAAUCCCUGGUCAUGUGAUUCUAUGUCCAUUUUCUUGGGAAGAUAAAAAGAAACUUAGCAAUCAAUUUUAUUUUGUGUCUGCAUUGAUUUAUUUGUUCAUAUUCCUCAAGCUGAGCUUUCAGUUCAGAAUAUUUCGCUUAUACAAUAGCGAUCAGGUUUAUAGGAAACUAAGGAUAGAUCGGAGGUAGGACUUCUGACAGAGAUCGGAGAAAACUACAAUCCAGUAUAAAUGUACAAGCAACCUGGGCCAGCAUUUGUCACGCAACUUAAGACUUACGCCAUAAAUUGCUCAUAAAGUCCUUAAAAAGCCAACUCCAAGACAGGAAAGAGCUCAAAUUGUAGGUAGUACAUUGUUCUGCAGUAAUGAAUCUGUACAAAGUCUACACUUUUUAGAGUGGAACAUUUCAGUUGUAGCUGUGUUUGAAUUUUUGACUUAAGUCUCAAGGCGCUUGACCAAUGCGGGCCCUGGGUCCGAUUCCACUAAGCUUAUUUUGACUCUUCAAAAUCUGAAAUACAAUCUUAAAACGUAUGUUUUGCUGGUUUAAUCUUUGUAUGCAGUAAGUCUUUUAACAUAAUCUACAUUCUACCUCGCGAAGUGAACGAAAGUGUGUGAGAAACGGCCAUUUCCCUACAGACGUUGUACGAAUUUUUGAAUUUACUGUGAGGCUCAGAGUAUACUUCAGAUGAUAUUUAUAUUAAACUGGUAGGAUUUAAAUGAAAAUCGCUAUGCCAUCUUACGUUGAGAUUUAUUCGAAGCGUGUACAAUUGAGAGAACAACAUCAACAAUGCGAAACAUUUCUGUAUUGUG